GAGCACUUUCGGGGCAUUCUGGCCAUCAAGAAGAUGUCAGGCGACGGCAACUGCCUCUUCCACGCGCUCGGAGAGAACACCGGCGAGAGCGGGGCAUGCCUCCGAGCCCUAAUCAUCCAGUACCUCAGAGAGAACGCAGAAGCCGAAGAAGACGACGAGCAAGUGCAGGCCUGGCUACAGGAAAGCCAAUACCUCCAAAGCGAUCCGGGUCACUGGGGCGGCGACACGGCCAUCAUCGCUUUCACCCGCAUCCGCCGGGAGG